UCACAUUUUUGUUUCUUCCAUUUUUCACACUAUUUUUCUCUUUUAUCUCUUCUUCUUUCAAUAUUUGCUAAAAUUAUAGUUAAUGCAAAACAUUCUUUGUGUUUUGAUCCUUUGAUCAGACACAAAGACACACUUACAAAGUUGAACUUGUGUUUGUGUUAGUUCUUGGUUUUUAAGGUUUGUGUUUUUUCAACUCAACCAUGGCUUCUACCUUAUGUUACAACUCAUUGAAUCCAUCUACAGCAUCUUUCUCAAGAACCCUUUUCUCAAUUCCCACAAACAAAGACUUUUCAUUGGAAAACACUUCAUCUUUUCAUAGCUAUGGAAAAAACAGAGCAAAAAAACAGAGGAAGAAUGUUUUUAUGAUGCAUGUGAAAGUUAAAGCUAGUGUAGCUGAAGCUACUGUACCACCUUCUUCAAAACAAGGUGAGAAGAAGAAUCUUAGGGUGCUUGUAGCUGGUGGUGGAAUUGGUGGAUUGGUUUUUGCUUUGGCUGCAAAGAGAAAAGGAUUUGAAGUGAUGGUGUUUGAGAAAGAUUUGAGUGCUGUGAGAGGAGAGGGACAGUAUAGAGGUCCUAUUCAGAUACAGAGUAAUGCUUUGGCUGCUUUGGAAGCUAUUGAUUCAGAUGUUGCUGAUGAAGUUAUGAGAGUUGGUUGUAUUACUGGUGAUAGAAUUAAUGGCCUUGUUGAUGGAGUUUCUGGUUCUUGGUACGUUAAGUUUGAUACAUUCACUCCUGCAGUAGAACGUGGUCUUCCGGUCACAAGAGUUAUUAGCCGAAUGACUUUGCAAGGGAUCCUUGCUCGUGCAGUUGGAGAAGAUAUUGUUCUGAAUGCUAGUAAUGUCGUUAAUUUCGCAGACGAUGGAAACAAGGUAACAGUAGAGCUCGAGAAUGGUCAAAAAUAUGAAGGAGACCUAUUGGUUGGAGCAGAUGGUAUAUGGUCCAAGGUCAGGACACAGUUAUUUGGACAAACGGAAGCUGUUUACGCUGGCUAUACUUGUUAUACCGGUAUUGCAGAUUUUGUGCCUGCUGACAUUGAAUCUGUUGGGUACCGAGUAUUCUUGGGACACAAACAAUACUUUGUAUCUUCAGAUGUUGGAGCUGGAAAGAUGCAAUGGUAUGCGUUUCACAAAGAAGCUCCCGGUGGUGCUGAUGAACCGAAUAAAAAAAAGGAAAGGUUGCUCAAGAUAUUUAAGGGCUGGUGUGAUAAUACGAUAGAUCUCAUACUUGCCACAGAUGAAGAAGCCAUUCUGCGACGAGACAUCUACGACAGGAUACCGACAUUUAAAUGGGGAAAAGGUCGUGUUACUUUGCUUGGUGAUUCAGUCCAUGCCAUGCAGCCAAAUAUGGGCCAAGGAGGAUGCAUGGCCAUUGAGGACAGUUAUCAACUUGCAAAGGAGUUGGACAAUGCAUGGGAACAAAGUAUUAAAUCAGGGAAUCCAAUUAAGGUUGAUUCAGCCCUAAGGAGCUAUGAAAGUGAAAGAAAACUACGAGUUGCAGUUAUUCACGGGAUGGCUAGAAUGGCAGCUCUGAUGGCUUCCACUUACAAGGCAUAUCUAGGUGUUGGUCUUGGUCCUUUGGAGUUUUUGACCAACUUUCGCAUACCUCAUCCCGGAAGAGUUGGAGGGAGGUUUUUUGUCGACAUUUUGAUGCCGUCUAUGUUGAACUGGAUCUUGGGUGGAAAUAGUGACAAACUUGAAGGUAGACCGAUAAGUUGCAGGCUCUCGGACAAAGCAAACGGACAACUACGCCAAUGGUUUGAAGAUGAUGAUGCACUUGAGCGUGCUAUUAACGGAGAGUGGUUUUUAUUACCAUGUGGAGAGGAAACAGGUCUUUCAAAACCGAUACGUUUAACACAAAAUGAGAUGAAACCCUGCAUAAUCGGGAGUGCAGUGCAAGAGGGGGAUCCAGGUAGCUCAAUUACAAUUACUUCACCCAAGGUUUCUCCAACGCAUGCUCGAAUUUACUACAAGGAUGGAGCCUUCUUCGUAACUGAUAUGCGGAGUGAACAUGGCACUUGGAUCGCUGAUAUUGAAGGAAAGCGAUAUCGGGUUCCUCCAAAUUACCCUGCUCGUGUCCACCCAUAUGAUGUUCUUCAGUUUGGUUCUGAGAAGGUUUCAUUUCGAGUUAAAGUGAAAAGUUCCGCUCCAAGCAUCGCGAAGAAGGAAGAGACACAAGUUUUGCUGCAAGUAUGAUUGAUUGUGUUGAUAUACAAUAUUUAAGUUACAGAAAAGUUACACAGCACAAAUUUGCAGUUGUAGAGCAUUAUCUGCAAUCUUAUAGGGUCAGGAUAUUUUACAAUAUUGGGUAGAAAUUGUUUUCUACAAGCACUCGAUUCAUGUAUAAUAUGACUUGCAUAAACUUUCACAUGUUGAAUGGAGUGACCAUGGAAGGCAGUGUAUGUAGCUAAGAAUUUCUCAGACUUUUUUAAUUGCGAUUUUACAAAAUGGAAAUGUAUAUUUAUCAAUGUAAAAAGUGCAAAUUCUAUUUUCUUCAA